AGCCUAGCGGUAGGAGCAGGAGUUAUUGGUCUGUUCUUCGACCGACCAUGUUGGGUGCCGUAACACGUUCAAGUUCUAGCCUUUUGGCUGCCAAGCCCCUCGAGAAAUUGGGUUCUGAAGCCCUGAAAGUACUUGGCGUACAAACUGCCCCACAAAGGAAUUAUGCCAAGGCUGCUGGUGGCUCCGGCGGCAGAGUCGUCGCCGUUAUCGGUGCCGUCGUCGAUGUCCAAUUCGACGAAAACUUGCCCCCCAUCUUGAACGCUUUGGAAGUACAAAACCGCUCCCCAAGGCUGGUCCUCGAAGUUGCUCAACAUUUGGGUGAAAACACCGUACGUACCAUUGCUAUGGACGGUACCGAAGGUUUGGUUCGUGGACAAACUGUCAGCGACACCGGAUUCCCAAUCCGUAUUCCAGUCGGUGCCGAAACUUUGGGCCGUAUCAUCAACGUCAUCGGUGAACCAAUCGAUGAACGUGGUCCAAUCCCCACCGACAAGAUCGCCCCAAUCCACGCUGAAGCUCCCGAAUUCGUGGAGAUGAGCGUCGAACAAGAGAUCCUUGUCACCGGAAUUAAGGUCGUAGAUUUGUUGGCUCCAUAUGCCAAGGGAGGAAAGAUUGGUCUUUUCGGUGGUGCCGGUGUAGGCAAAACUGUAUUGAUCAUGGAGUUGAUCAACAACGUCGCUAAGGCCCAUGGUGGUUACUCCGUGUUCGCCGGAGUCGGCGAAAGAACCCGUGAGGGUAACGAUUUGUACCAAGAAAUGAUUGAGUCCGGUGUCAUUUCCCUUAAGGAUAAGACCUCCAAGGUAGCCCUUGUGUACGGUCAGAUGAACGAGCCCCCAGGCGCUCGUGCCCGUGUCGCCUUGACUGGAUUGACCGUCGCCGAAUAUUUCCGUGACCAGGAAGGACAAGAUGUGUUGCUCUUCAUUGACAACAUUUUCAGAUUCACCCAGGCCGGUUCCGAGGUAUCCGCCUUGUUGGGUCGUAUCCCAUCCGCCGUAGGUUACCAACCAACCUUGGCCACUGACAUGGGUACCAUGCAGGAACGUAUCACCACCACCAAGAAGGGCUCCAUCACCUCCGUGCAAGCCAUUUACGUACCAGCUGACGAUUUGACCGAUCCUGCCCCAGCCACCACAUUCGCUCACUUGGACGCCACCACCGUAUUGUCCCGUGCCAUCGCCGAGUUGGGUAUCUACCCAGCUGUCGAUCCCCUCGAUUCUACCUCCCGUAUCAUGGAUCCCAACAUCAUCGGACACGAGCAUUACAACGUCGCCCGUGGUGUCCAGAAGAUCCUCCAGGACUACAAGUCUCUCCAAGAUAUCAUUGCCAUCUUGGGUAUGGAUGAAUUGUCUGAAGAAGACAAGUUGACCGUUGCCCGUGCCCGUAAAAUCCAACGUUUCUUGAGCCAGCCCUUCCAAGUCGCUGAAGUCUUCACCGGUCAUGCCGGCAAGCUUGUGCCACUUGAGGAAACCAUCAAGGGAUUCCAGAAGAUCUUGGGAGGAGAAUACGAUCACCUUCCAGAAGUCGCCUUCUACAUGGUUGGCCCCAUUGAAGAGGUCGUCCAGAAGGCCGAGCAAUUAGCAAAGAACACUAAUUAAAUAAUUAAACCAUAAGCAAUAGUAGGUUCUGCCCAGUCUUUAUCCACCAACAACAUGAUAGAUAAAACUGAACUAAAGCUGGAUGGAUGCAGAUAUAUAACAUAUUUUCAACAUUCUCUUUUUAUAUUAUGUUUAAAGAAUAAAUAAUGCGCCAUGAGUAAAUUUGAUAUGAAACACUAGGAAUCACCGAAGAAAUAUUUAACAUAAAUGAGAAAAUUUA